AUGGAAGAACUUUGUUACAGCUUCGAGGAGGAAGACCACGCUCCCGAUUUCCUCCUGUGGGAGCAGGCAGCCCCCGCCGCUCCGUGGGACGGCUUCCCGCCGGGCUGCCGCUGGCCCGGCGCGUCUGGCGGCGCGGGGGGUGCUGAAGCGGACAGCUCCGCGGCGCGCGCCACCGCCCCCCGGGCGCGCCAGGCGGCCAACCGCCGGGAGCGGCGCAGGAUGCUCGGCAUCAACGCGGCCUUCGAGCGGCUCCGCUGCCACGUCCCCACUUUCCCCUACGAGAAACGGCUAUCCAAAAUCGACACACUGAGACUGGCCAUCGCCUACAUCGCUCUGCUGGGCGAGAUCCUCCUCUCCAGGUGCCAUCCCAAAUCCUACGUGGAGCAGUGCCUGAAGAACGAUUCACAAAACCAAGGGCGGGCAACCUGGAACAUAAGUGAUCUGACAGCCCGCCUGUCUUGGGUAAAGUGGGAUUAA